CAACGAUGCAUACAGAAUUAGAGAGCGGGCGAGACUGUGUUCCUGUGCUUGUUAUAACAACGACCCAACCAAAAUAGACAAAAGAAACUCAUCUGGAAGACACAAUCUACUGAGCGUGAAUACUCCAAAAAUACCAAACUAUUUGUAAGUUGUUAACCUGUUGCUAGUUUUGAAACCAAUCUGAAACUAUGGAGUCCCAGCAGAGAGCCGUUGCUGUGUCUGAGUGCUUUGUCAGUAAGCAGAUGUUCCUUUGUUCAGCUCCACAGCACUUCACAGUAUAAAGUUGGAUCAGUUGUAGUUGUGAUUCGGGACACUUGCUGCAUCUUUUGAAUUUUGUCCCAUUGAAGAUCUCCAUCCCCCUGCAUACCCUCAAGCUACUCACAGGGACGUUAACCCCUCCCCCAUCCCCUUUAACCCCCUGCAGACCCCAUAGUUGUCACCAAGGCUCUCUUUGGUUACCCUGUUCUUUGUCCCUACAAUGAAGCGACAGCAGACCCUCACUAAUCUCUCCCCCACCACCAGCAUGCACGCAAUGGCUAAUUAUCAAACGGAUGGAGAGGGAGUGGCGGUAGAAGCGGGGGAAAUACAGUAGACAGGCAUGAAGACAGACAUACCAGAGAGAGAACAAGUGGUUGAGCACUGAACAUAAAGCCUGACAACUGUUGUGCCCUGCUCUGGCUACCAAUCCCAGUCUCUGCCGGUCCUGCCUCUGCUCAAAACUGUCAAACAGUUUUAACAGUAGCUGAACAUGUGUGGUGCUGUAGAACCAGCAUGACCACUAUAGCUGUAAAAGAACAGCACAUUCCCUGUUUAUGUAAUAAUCAAUGCCCUCCUCUCUGUCUCUGUCAGAGAGCUGCAGUAGCUAUGUUUCUAGCCAUGGGAAAACACAGUAGAGGCAGCUCACACUUCCUGUUUUUGAAUAGGGCCUCUCAGAGGCAGGAAGUACAGGGAACAGCUGGACUGUGGUCUCUCUGUGUUGAGGACUUCUACUAACUAUUGGGUAAUUUUAGGUACACCAAAGUUUUCUGUGGUUUCAGACAAAAACACAUGCUAACAUUUAAGGUCAUUGUUCCUUUAAAAAUAAUGUGAUUAAUACAUUUCCUCACAAUGUUGUUGCCCAUUCAUUGAACAACACCAUUUAGAUGCGCCAAAUGAAUCACUAAUUAUCUAAUUAUGUUCUUCAUGAGCAUUGUCCCUGUUCCUGAUACGUUGGCCACUGGAAACAAUGCUUAAUUAAGGUUUUUGUUUAUUUUUUAAAAAUCAGAUUUUCAAGUUGGAAACACCAGCAACAUAUUCCUGGCUUUUUGAUUUUUUUUAUUGCACUGCAGCACAUUACAUUUUUCACUGUUUUAAAACAGAUAUCUCUAAAUGUAAGGGUCUUUACAAGGUGCUUCAGUCGAAGGGACAGCAUUUACCACCGCAAUGUAAGAAUGACCCUGUUGUCUGUGCCCUGCAAACCUUUGUUCUGCCCCCACACUGGCGCCUAGUCCCCGCCCACUGGCCUACUGCUGUGACAGAGCGUGAUCUCUCUAUCCAUCUCGCGCCAAAACAAAGAGGGUAUGCUAGCGUCUUCCUCUCUUCCCCUUCCUCCUAGAUGCUGCGUCUGGCAUGUUGCCAGGGCAACCUGGAGUAGGUGAAGUAGUAGUAGAAAAGCUCCUGGUUGCCCCUACUGCAGUCCCCUCUGCCUGUCUGGCUGUAUGUCUGUCUCCUUUCGUCACCAGCAUUUCCCGCCACUCUGGGGGGAGGAGCCGCCUACGGUCAAGAUAAAGAAGGCUGGUGCCGGCAUCUUUUAAAUCAACAACCUACUGGAGAGGUUGACAGCUCACAGAAGACCACAUCCUGCUGCUGCUCACAUUAUGAACAUGGGAAUGGCACAAGCUGCCUUUUCUGUAGAUGCAAUUUGUAACAUUUCCUAAUUCAACCCUUUUUGGACAUUUAUGUACCCAUGUACAUUUGGUAACCAUCUCUGAUUUUUGAUAAAUGACAUGUAAGUGCAUGUAGUAACCCUUUUUCAAUGUGUAUCUGUAAAGCCCUUUACAGGAUGACUAUAUUAUCUCUUCCAGACAUUAUUAACAGAUUAUACAGCAACUGCAUAUGUUGUGAAAAAACUGUAAACCAGUCAAAUUAAUGGAUAUCAGUAGUUAUUAGUGGUCUUCAAAGCAAAAAGACACCAUCUCGUUUUCCUGGGACGUCUGCAUCGCUGACAUCAUUUCACAGGCUAUAUACCAGAGCCUGGACUCACCGCAACCAAUCAGCCUUUAACGUGGGUAUUCCGUGGUUGCUUAGCAACUGCUGCUGAGCUGUAAUUCUAUCAGAGGAGAGAGCUGCAGGGGUUUGGAUCAGAGACAACAAGAAGUCAUCGUGGAAUACAGAGGGGGCAAUUGAUCCAGUGACAUAAUUUCCCAUUCCACUAAUAGGGGAUGAGGAAAACAUCCCUCAGCACUCCUGCAGAGUGUUCUGAGGACAGGUCAACCAUGGGUAAAUAUUGAACCUGCCUGUCAUAGACUUGCUUUGAACCUGCUAGUUUGAACAUUAAAAUUUAAAGCUUAAGUGAUCACUGGGGUAUUGUCCCUCUGUCUAACACAGCAAAGGGUGUUUUUGCUCCAAACUGCUAUGAUGGUUUUUGACACAUGAAAGUGUUGUAAGAGAUUGAUGUUUAGCAUUAUUAGAGCAUUUAAGAUGGCAUGAACUUGUUUUGCCAUUAUUACACACCAGCACAAAUGCACACACACUGAAUUAAAUCAACUGAGUGACGGCAAUGCAGAAUUCAUACCCGGCAACGGGUUUAAAAUGGGAGGCGGAUGUAGGAUGGCCUGAAAUCAUUAAACAGAUGAGUGUGGGAGGGAUAGGAAGAGGUAGGACUCUAUAGAAAUGAUGCGGAGGAGAAGUCCCUGCCAAAAACGACAACAUCAGCUAGCAUACUGGCUCUCUCCAUCCCUCCCCCUUUUACCAUAUCUGGAUUUUCUACCUACCUCGCACUCAUUGCUAAAUGCACCGGGGAUGAUGGUACACAUGAGUGUACCCAAGGAUUGCAUUAAUACUGCCUGGUAGGGAGAGAGAGAGGCAGCAGGGUGGUUAUUUAAGACUGCCUGCUUCGGGGAAAGAGCGAGAGGCAGUAAAAUACUAAUUCAGUAUCUGAGUGGCAAUAAGAGAGCCGGGAUGACGAGUGUAAACAUCAGCCAGACGCCGACCAGCCAGGACACGAUAACCAAAGGCACGGUCAGAGCAUCCUGGGAAGGGACUGACACUCUGCUCAACCCUUCCGUCCUCACAAAGCAUCUCAAAUCACCCAAGCCUCAGAAUGCCAUCACCAUUGCUGUGUCGUCGCGGGUCCUCUUCAGCAUGAAUAAGGAACAGCAGAUCUACGAGCAGAAAGGCAUGGAGGACUAUCUCAAGUAUCAGAUUGAGCAUGAGACAGAGCCCUUCAGUCCAGGCCCUGCUUUUCCCUUUGUUAAGGCUCUGGAGGCAGUGAACGCUAGGCUGAGGGAGCUGUACCCUGAGAGUGAGGAGCUCUUUGACGUUGUGCUCAUGACCAACAACCACGCGCACGUCGGCCUCCGACUCAUCAACACCAUUAACCAUCACCAGCUGUUCAUUGAGCGUUUCUGUAUGACAGGUGGGAACAGUCUCAUUGGGUACCUGAAGGCUUACCAAACUAACCUGUACUUGUCUGCAGACCACAUGAAGGUGCGAGAAGCCCUGGAGGCGGGAAUUGCCGCGGCCACCAUGUUUAACCCACCAGAGAAGAGAACAGAAGUGUCAGAGACUCAGCUGCGGGUGGCCUUCGAUGGGGACGCAGUGCUGUUCUCUGACGAGUCAGAGCGCAUCUUCAAGGCACAUGGACUGGACAAGUUCUUUGAGCAUGAGAAGGCACACGAGGACAUGCCUCUUGAUCACGGGCCACUGAAAGGGUUUCUGGAGUCCCUGGGGAAAUUGCAAAAGAAGUUCUAUGCCAAGGGCCAGCGUAUGGACUGCCCUAUCCGUACCUACCUGGUUACAUCACGCAGUGCAGCCAGCUCAGGCACCCGGGCCCUGAAGACACUGCGAUCCUGGGGCCUAGAGACAGAUGAGGCCCUCUUCCUAGCUGGGGCCCCUAAGGGGCCUAUGCUUGACAAGAUCCGUCCUCACAUAUUCUUUGAUGAUCAGAUGUUCCAUGUGGAGGGAGCUGCUCAGCUAGGGACUGUGGCGGCUCAUGUGCCGUAUGGUGUUACUCAGAAAUGGGCCCCAGAAGAAGCCUGUGGAGGAGAAUGUUUAGGAUACUGCACAGACACCAAGUGAUUUGCAUUUAGCCUUCUUCCCAGUCCUUGUGACAGCAAAGGACAAUAGGACAGCAUUUUGGAUUGGAAUGGUACCGUCAACCUUAUCAAAUCCCUCUUAAAACCCAUGUUACAUUGACAAGGACAUGUGGAGUGUGAGAGAGAUCACACCAACACCCUCCACAUUCCUCACAAGGGCACUAGUAGAUGUAAAACAAAAGCUUAAAACUGUUGUGAAAAGUGUCUUGCUCUAGAAAAGUAGAUGACCUGAGCCUGUGACAAAACAGAAUCAUUUUAUUUGACAUGAAAUUACAGCUAUAACCGUUGCAUGGUCUAUCAUCAUGCUUGCAGCAAUAUUGAUACACUACCUGUAUACUUUAACACAGCAUUAAUGACAAUUAACAUUUACAAAAAUGGUCAACCUAAAUAUAUGCUACACAAUACUCAUAGAGUUGAUAAAUCAUGCUGUCACAACAGAAUUUUUUGCAAGAACUUCAGAUGAACUCUCUCAGAAUUAACAAGAGGUUAGUAAAGUACUACAAGUGCUGAGUUCAAUCCCAGGGUUUACCAGUUGAGACCCAGAGGCGGUGGGUGGCAGUUCAUUGCCCAAAGUCAGGGGAUUGUCUCAACGCAGUCUAGUGACACCUUGUCACCUGCUAACUGAGGUCAAUAGCCAAAGAAGCGUUGUGAUGAUAAGCAGCACAGCCUAUAGUCGAAGGAGCAGUGUGACCAGACGCUGGUCAGCUUGACGGAACAUAAUUGUAUGAGUAUCAUUUCUCUAUCAUUUCAGCAUAUCACAUUCAUUUUAGGUUGAAAACAGGUAAACUGAGUAUUUAUUGCAUGUUACUGACAUAAUUGUUUAUUCCAUGCUUUUGUUUCUAAUCCAGGCAACUUUUAGGAAGUGCCUUAGGUCUACUUAUGCAAGUCACAAUUCAAAGUGGGCUUAUAUUUUUCAUAGAACAAUAAACAUCUUCUGUUUUAACAUUUAAAGGAACUGUAUGUAGGAUUGUGGCCAUAACUGGUACUGCAAUCACUUUAAAUACUGUAGAGCGGAGUAUCCCCUCCCCCUCCCCACUGACUCCAGGUUGCCAGACAAGCUGCAGGAUUCAACAGAAACGUAGGCUGCUUCUACGAGCUUCCAAUGGCAAGUGACGACGAGUCGUACACAGUAAGUUUUGCAAAAAUUUACUAAUUGUCAUUAGUCAAAUAUAAUCGUAAAAAUGUAUGCUCGUAUGUGACAGAACAUUGUUAGAACAGUAGCUGUUAGUCUAACUUGUACCGUUAGGUAUCUGUCAUUAAGUACAUGCACAAGCCUAUGUCACUAUGUGUAACCGAUAUCAAAGAUACAGCUAUUCAUUUAGCUGACGCUAUAAGUGAAAGCGGCCAGCUGUAUUUUUUUACUUACCCUGCAGCACACGUCCAUAAGGCUAAAAUAUGUGAUGUGAAAGAUUACAUGACAUUCUACUAUUUUUGGCUGUAGAACUUGCAUGAAAAACAAGUAGGCUACAAAACGUUCCAAGUGGGCCAACUUUUUUUAACGUCAUAGGCUACUCUGUGCUUUUCAUUAGUGUUAUGGACAUUAGAAAAAGUUGUUUUACCUUGGAAUUGCACCUAGUGCUUCCAAACCAACACUAACAUAGUGCAUAUCCCAAAAGUUAGAGAAUGUUUAUUUUGAGUUAGGCUUCUGUCUCAAUUAUGUUUCAAAUUGCCAUAAUGGGCAUGCUAAUGUUGUUUUCCUCUGCGUCUCAGCAUAAGGACAGAGAAACGGGCUCUGAUAAUGCAUUGCUAAUGUUAGCAUACGUCCAUAUGAGGUAACGUUACUUUGCACGAACAUGCAUAACUUUGUUCGACUGUCAUGAAUAUAUGAAAUGUCCAUUGACAUCAAGUACAAUUUAGUCAAACAUAGAUGAAUCUUACCUGUCCAGGAGAAAAUUAGCAACAUUGGCGUCUCCAUCUUUCAAAGGCAUCUCCUAUACAAAUUAUUGUUUUAUUUCGGACUUUGUCACGACGUAUUUCGGAAUUAUAACGAGGUCUUUUAGAAAUGUUAGACAUUAUUUAUCCGACUAGAGUUAGAGUAGAGCUGGCAACCCGGAUCCUGAAACACUACUGACUUCGUGAUAAGGGGAGGGUGGCACUUCAGGCCAAAACACAACAUGACAACAUCUACAUCAGUUGAGGGCUGCAACUCUCACUUUUAAAUGACAAUA